CUCUCUCUAUCUCUAGACCACCACCACCUUCUUUCUCUGUUAUUUAUUUUCUCAAUAUUCUUCUAAUUAGGAUGCAAACAGGACAGAUUCGAAGAUGAGAAAGGUCCCUUAGAGGUUUUGGCCUGCACUCGGGACGGAUCGGAACAGAAGCUUAACCAAUCCGGAUCCAUUUGCAUGCCCACUUGUAGCCAGGUCACCUUUCUCUCACCUCUCUCUCUCUCUCUCUCUCUCUCUCUCUCAAGUAUGUAGCAUAGAGAUACCACUUCCAUUAACAACACCUACACAAUCUCUCUCUCUCUCUCUCUCUCUCUCUCUCUCUGACACAAUCCAACACUCUAAUUUCUCCUCUCUCUCUCUCUCUCUCUCUCUCUCUCUCUCUCUCUCUCCCUCAUUUUUCACAUUGAGUUUAAUUAAGUCCCUAAACAUGAAAAUACCAUUGUCAUUUUGACUCUCUCUCUCUCACCAGGUUCUCUUUCUCAGUAGUUACCACCCACUAAAUACUCUUUUAACCACCUUUUUGGGUAGUUAUUUCCUUUUUUUUUUUCCUCCUCUUCUUUAUAUACACCACCUUGAACCUUUUUAUAUAAGCUUUUAGAUCAUCACCCCACUUUAUAUCCUUUAUUAAGCUAUUCUGGGGGUUCUUAUGGGUCAAUUUCCAUAGAUUUAAACCUAACAAUCCAAAACCCUUCUUUUGUUGUCUUUCAUGUAUUGAUUGAUCAUCUUCUUCUAGGUUUUGUUGGAAUUCAAGUUCAUUGUUCUGCUAAUUUGUUGAGUUUUCAUGUACUGAUCACUCACUUGUGAAGAAUUGAAGAUUAUAGAUAGAACAGAUCUGCUUCUUCUUCUUCUUCUUCUUCUUCUUGUGCUAAUUAAGCACUGUGGUGUUUGAGUGUGGGAGGUGAUGGGGUGUGUACUAAGUUCAAGGAUUGAAGAAGAGGACACAGUGAGGAGGUGCAAAGAGCGGCGGCGGCUGGCGAAGCAGCUUCUGAGCUGCCGGGCCGAGCUCGCCGCCGCGCAAUUGGCCUACCUCCGGUCUCUGCGGAACACCGGCGCCACUCUCCGCCAGUUUGCGGAGGUGGAGCUGAUGAUGAUGCCCCACUGCAACCCCCCCCUGUCCCCCACUUUGCCCCCCUCCCCGCCCCCUCCCCCGCUGCUGCCGCCCUCCCCGCCGCCGCAACCCCCUCCCCCUCCCCCCAAUUUUAGCCCCAAUCGCGAAACUAGGAUGAUAAACCACCCGCCAAUCGCAGAAAGCUUGAAUCUUGAUGACCUGCCAAUCGCAGAGAGCUUGAAUCUUGACGAAACCGAUAGCCGCCCGUGGGAGUCCUGGGACGCGUUCGGAUCCCCCACCGCGAAGAAAUUGUUCGAUGAAAUGCCCGAAAGGGGUAAGGUGGUAGCGGAGGACGAUAAUUGGGCCGAGACGAGCUCGGAUUUCGUGGAGGAAGUGUGUGGGGAGGGUGAUGAUGUGGAAUUCGCAGGGAAGGAGGUUGCGGUGGCGGCGAAGGAAUUAGGGGACGAUGAGUCGGCCGCGAGCUGGUUCACGAAGGAGUCCGACAUGGCGACGGUGGUGUGGAGGGGCAAGAAGUCGAUGGUCGGGAUUGUUAGGGAGAUCGACGAGUACUUCUUGAAGGCCGCGGCCGGCGGGAAGGACGUGGCGGCUCUUUUGGAGUCCGGACGCGAGCAGUGCCACCCCUGGGAAUUUGAGGGGAGGAAAGGAAAAAGCUCAAAGUCCGCGAAGGUUUUCAAUGCACUGUCGUGGAGUUGGUCUUCUAGAUCCCUUCAAUCUAACCAAGAUUCUUCACUUCCGAAUUCAAGCGACAAUCGUAGGUCUAGUAGCCAUUGCACGACGCUUGAGAAGCUUCUCGAAGCGGAGAAGAAGCUCUAUAAGGAAGUUAAGGAGGCCGAAAUUGCGAAAUUCGAGCACAAAAAGAACACUCUGUCAUUGCAGAAGCUAGAAAGCGGAAGCCACGAUAUGUUGAAGAUUGCGAGCGCACGAUCGAGCAUAGAGGAAUUGCAGUGCAGAAUUGUUUCAUUGGAGGAGUCAAUUUAUUCAACGUGCAUGUCGAUAGCAAAGCUUAGGGACGAGGAAUUAUACCCUCAAUUGAUCAAAUUAUCUACAGGGCUCGUGAAGAUGUGGCGGGUGAUGUACGAGUGCCACCAAGUUCAGAACCACAUCGCUCAGCAAAUCAACCUCCUCGAAAGCCGUCCCGGGACGGAUCCGACGACCGACGCGCACCAACAAGCAACGGCCCAGAUGGAGGCCGAAGUGGCUUCUUGGCACGGCUCUUUCUGUAAUCUCAUUAGAUCUCAGAGGGAGUAUAUACAAAUUCUCAACCAGUGGGUCAGGCUCACCGACUGCCUUUCUGAUAGUAACGGCUUGACGGGUUCUACUUCGGGAAUUCACGGCCUUUGCGAAGAGCUGCAGCGCGCAUUCGAUAGGCUACCCGAAAAGGUAGCUGCUGAAGCAAUAAAGAGCUUUUUAUCGGUUAUCCGCUCUAUAGUCCUUCAACAGACUGAAGAGCAGAUCCUGAAGAAAAAAUCCGACCGCCUCAUGACAAGGCUCGAGAAAGAGCUAAGCCCACUUUCGGAUGCCGAGAGUCAAAACGAACUUUUAGUACCAAGUAAUCGAACCGAAACUCUCGAUCCAAAUCAAAACCCAUCAUCGACAAAAAACAUGAAGCUCGAAAAUUUCAAGAAGAAGGCGGAGGAAGAGAGAGCCAUGUAUUUGAGUUCGGUUCGUACGAGCCGAGCGAUGACGGUGAACAACCUGCAGAUGAGCCUCCCUAAUGUUUUCCAAGCUCUGAUGGGUUUCGCGAGCAUGUGUGCUCAAGCUCUCGAGGGUGUGAAUAGAUUCAGCCAAGAGGAUGUUACUGGCCGCUCCGACGGCGUUUCGCCGCUGUGAAUUUGUGAUCAUAAACAUGAAUGGCUCUUUGAACAUAUAUCAAAGUUUCCUCUUCAGUUGAAUUCAAUUUGGAUUCGAAAAAUCGCUUUUUUUGAGUUGUGAUCAUAGAGAGAUGGUUAUUGCA